UGAACUUCUGUUCUUUGAAAGGAAGCAUGUGAUGCAGUAUUCCUUCAUUCAGAGUUAAAGAUAAGGAAACAGGAAACAAAUGCCAUAUCUACUCCUUUACAGCAAGUUAUUAUUACUUUUGUAUUUUUAUGUUCAAGGUCCAUGUAUCUCUGACCAGCUAUGAAAGAGCUUCCUGGAAAAAAACACAAAAACAAAAACCAACAAAAAAAUGUGCUGCAGCUCAUAUGGCUCCACCUUAGCAGAGACUGGAGGACCACAGCUUGGGAGACGUUGAAAUCCUGAGUGGACACUACAUUUUGCAAAGUCACCGAAUCCUGAGCUCAUUUGCAGUCCAAGGCAAGCCAUGCAGGAUGAAGAUGGAUACAUCACCUUAAAUACUAAAAAAUCUCAAAAACCAUCUCUCAGCUCAGUUCACCCAGCUUCCUCAUCUGUGUGGCGUGUGACCACUUUGAUUCUGCUGAUCUUGUGCAUGGGGAUGGUUGUUGGGCUGGUAGCCCUGGGAAUUAUGUCUGUCACACAGCAAAACUACCUACAAGCUGAGAAAGAAAGUCUCUCAGGAACUCUGCAACAGUUAGCAAAGAAGUUCUGCCAAGAUUUAAUCAAACAAUCAGAAAAAAAGGGCAGCUUCAACCAUAAAUGCAGCCCAUGUGACACAAACUGGAGAUAUUAUGGAGACAGUUGCUAUGGAUUCUUCAGGCACAACGUGACAUGGGAAGAGAGUAAGCAGUACUGUGCCGACAUGAAUGCUACUCUGCUGAAGAUCGCCAGCCAGAACAUUCUGGAAUACAUCAAAAACAGGACUGCAUUAAUUCGUUGGGUUGGAUUAUCCUGCCAGAAUCCUAACAAGGUCUGGAUGUGGGAAGAUGGCUCAGUUCCCUCCAAAAAUAUGUUUCAGCUUUCUGAAAAUGGAAGAGAAAAUAAGUGUUGUGCCUAUUUUCAUAAUGGGAGAAUCCGCCCUACCUCCUGUGAGAACAAGCAUUACUUCAUCUGUGAGAGGAAGGCAGGCAUGGUGAGGAUGGACAAGCUGUUGUGACAGAGAAAGAUGCACAGAAUGUCAUGACCAGGGUUUGACUGCACAAUAAAAGAUCUGGAUGAAGGAA